UAGGCUGGAGCGUAAAGACGGAGCGUUACCAUGGAAACAAGCGUAAACGGUAACUAAUAUUAACGACCGGGGCAGGCUGCUGAUUGCUAUUUAUUCGACUGUACAAUUCAGAAACGCCUAUAAAACCUAUCGUUAAGAAGUAUUGUAUAUUUCUGAUAUCAAUUUUAACGAUAUCCACUUCGGAAAAUCAAGAAAGGAUGGAAGAUCAAGUGUUGGUAGCAACUGAAGUCGAAGGUGGGGAUGCCCGAGAAAGUUCUGACAGCAGUGGAACUCAAGAAGACCUUGGGAAAAAAGAGCUGCAAAGUUCACCUGAGGAGAAAAAUGAAAAACACUCAGGACCACGGAUGACCAAGAAAUUCCUGAGAGACCACUGUAAGCAGAACAAACUGUACAUAACACCAUGCCUCAAUGACACACUGUAUCUGCAUUUCAAAGGUUUCUCCACCAUUGAGAACUUAGAGGAGUACACAGGUCUGAAAUGUCUCUGGCUGGAAAGCAAUGGGCUCCAACGCAUUGAGAAUCUGGAUGCUCAGACUGAUCUGCGCUGCUUGUUCCUUCACCAAAAUAUCAUAUGCAAGCUGGAAAACCUUGAGCCUCUGAAGAAACUUUGCACCCUGAACGUCUCCAACAACUACAUACACAUCAUAGAGAACAUCUCCUGCCUUCCUGACCUGAGUACUCUGCAGAUUGCCCAUAACAAGCUGGAAACUGUUGGUGACAUAGAGCAUUUGAGUCAGUGUCUGAACAUUAGUGUAUUAGACCUCUCUCACAACCUGUUACACGACCCUGACAUCCUCCCUGUGCUUGAGGCCAUGCCAGAACUGCGUGUACUGAAUCUAAUGGGAAAUGAGGUCGUGAAAAAAAUCCCAAACUACAGAAAAAAUAUGAUUGUACGCCUCAAGCAGCUCACGUUUCUUGACGAUCGCCCUGUGUUUCCUAAAGACAGGGCAUGUGCUGAGUCGUGGGCAGUGGGAGGGAUGGAAGGGGAACGCCAGGAGAGGGAGCAGUGGGAUGCACGAGAGAGGAAGAAAAUUCAGGAAAGCUUGGAUGGAAUGGCAAUGAUUCGGAAGAAGGCCCAGGAAAGAUGCAGACUCAGAGAGUUACAGGAUAAAGGGAAAACCGAUGCUUCCUCUACUCCAGAAACUACUACUGAGGAAAACGGUACCCAGAUUUUAACUUCUUCACAAGGUGACAAGAUACAAGCUUUUGUGCAGGACUGCCUGGAUGCCCAUGAAGAGUUCUUAGAGAAACAGUCAAAACAGGGACUUCUUGAAAAUCAGCCAGCAAGUAAACAUCUUGAGACCAAAGAGGCAGGUCAACUCCUGAUGAGAGAGCAGUUAGAUGAAGAUACCCAGGACCAUUCGCCGAUAACGCACACCGUAAGAGAAGAGAAAGGAAGGGAAAAGAUCCCAGCAGAUGAGCAAGGCAGUACUGUAGGGCACAUGUUAGAGACAGAAACAGAAAAUAAACAAGAAAAACAGUCCAUGAGAAAUGAAGCAGAGAGAGAGCAGAGUAAAAACAAACAGCCUCCCCUUCCUGAAGCCGAUGACAAUGUACCGGUACAUAGUCCUGGACCACGGAUUACAGAGCUACAAGAUGCAGAGCUGCUGGAAACCAUUCACCUUCCUCCAGCAAGUCGCUCAUUGCGUAUUGAUGAGUUGCCUGAUUUGGAAGAUGUGGACACAGAAGACUUUAAUGCAGCGUUCUCUUGUAGGCAGGCCUUUAAACCAAAAAUAGAAGUCAUAUCAGGUGACAGCAACGGGGAAACACCAGCUGGGAUUCAGAGUGACAGCAUCUCCACAUCCGCUCCAGCUGGGAUUGAGAGUGACAGCAUCUCCACAUCCGCUCCAGCUGGGAUUGAGAGUGACAGCAUCUCCACAUCCGCUCCAGCUAAGAGCUUUUUGUUCCUAAUGAGUGGCUGCGACAAAUCACCGGCUGUCUCUGGCAAUUCUACAUCGCUGGUGUAUCCAGAGGAUGAGGGUGCGCCUUCUGACCCGUCAAACUCAAAAAUAAACCGAACCUCCUCUCCACCACGCUGCCUGAUCGAGGAGCUUGAGUAAUACCUUGAUGUCAUUAAAUUUGAAAUAUGAGUUAAAAUAGUAAACUGCAAUUCAAUCUGUAGCAUAUUUGUGAUAGCCGUUUUGUCUGUGUGCUUGUCAGCUGUUAUACUGUGAAAAGAAGAAAUUCAGGACUGAUUUGGUCAGUAUUCUCGGGGGAAUUAUACGUUUACUCUUCACAUUACAGCAACAUUUUAUUUCAUUCAGGGUUUUUCCCAGACAACUGUGGUCCUUUGUGGUUUAAUACAGUGCAAUGGGUAAGACAAUGCUAGCUGUUUUGUAACAGAUAUGUAUAAUUUUUGGUUACUUCUGACCAUUUCAAAAGCAAAUGUAUCUAUUUUGUUUGAGAGAAUCCACCCAAAUAAAUACACUUGUAAAUUUUAGGAUUUUUUCCUCGGGAGACAUUUAACUCCUCUACAGGAAAACUAUGUUAAUGUCUCAAUAAAAAUACAAGACCACA